AUGUUGUCACCAUCCAGAACAGCUCGCUAUGGCUGGAAGCUGGCUCAGGCUUCCUCUCGCCCCUUGAUUGUAUCUACUCGCGGCUAUGCUACAGCCGAACCAGAUCUCAAAUCUACCCUUAAAGAAGUCAUUCCGGAGAAGCGAGAACUCCUCAAGCAAGUCAAGGCUCGUGGAGAUGAAGUCAUUGGAAAUGUGACAAUCUCCAGCGCCAUCGGAGGCAUGCGUGGCCUCAAGGCCAUGGUCUGGGAAGGCUCCGUCCUUGAUGCCAACGAAGGCAUCCGAUUCCACGGUCGUACCAUCAAAGAUUGCCAGAAGGAACUCCCUAAGGGAACAUCAGGCACAGAGAUGCUUCCUGAAGCCAUGUUCUGGCUUUUGUUGACUGGAAAAAUUCCCUCUACCACACAGAUCCGCGCCUUUUCACGUGAAUUGGCUGAGAAAUCGUACCUCCCUCAACACAUUUUGGACCUUUUCAAGUCUUUCCCCAAGGACAUGCACCCAAUGACUCAACUCUCUAUUGCCGUUGGAGCUCUUAAUACUGAGUCUAAAUUCGCCAAGGCUUAUGAGAAGGGUCUUCCUAAGGCUGAUUACUGGGAGCCCACUUUCGAUGACAGCAUCUCGUUGUUGGCCAAGAUUCCUCGUGUCGCUGCGCUAGUCUUCCGCCCUACCGAAAUUGACGCUGUCGCCAACCAGAAGCUUGACGUGAACCAAGAUUGGUCGUACAACUUUGCCGAACUUCUUGGAAAGGGUGGCAAGGAGAAUGAAGAUUUCCACGAUCUGCUACGUUUGUACCUUGCUCUCCACGGAGACCACGAGGGUGGCAACGUAUCUGCUCACGCGACGCAUCUUGUUGGAAGCGCUCUUAGCGACCCCUUCCUCAGCUACAGCGCUGGUCUGCUAGGUCUCGCUGGUCCUCUUCACGGUCUUGCCGCUCAAGAGGUGCUCCGCUGGAUCCUGGCCAUGCAGGACGACAUAGGCACGAAAUUUACCGACAAGGAUGUAGAGGACUACCUCUGGAGCACUCUCAAGUCUGGUCGUGUCGUUCCUGGUUAUGGACAUGGUGUAUUGCGUAAACCCGAUCCUCGUUUCGAGGCUCUUAUGGACUUUGCUUCUACUCGUCCUGAUGUGCUCGCCAACCCUGUGUUCCAACUCGUCAAGAAGAACUCUGAGAUUGCGCCGGGCGUGUUGACCCAGCACGGGAAGACCAAGAACCCCCAUCCUAACGUCGACGCCGCCUCUGGUGUCCUGUUCCACCACUAUGGCUUCCAGCAGCCCCUCUAUUACACCGUAACAUUCGGUGUGAGUCGUGCAUUGGGCCCUCUGGCCCAACUCAUCUGGAGCCGAGCAUUAGGAUUGCCCAUUGAGCGUCCCAAGUCCAUCAACCUUCUAGGCCUCGUUGGAAAAUAA